UCAACGCUUUACGUGAAGCUGUUGUGUACGUGCGCAACGUGAACGCACCGCGAUCGGGACGAGAAAGAAAGUGACAGAUGCGAAAAUAUGGAAGAAUAAACCUGUAAAUUAAAAUUAAGUGCGCGCGGGGUAAAAGUUACGAGAUAAUUAUAAAAAAGCUGUUUAUUAUGUUUAUACGUUUGCUGAUGCACUUUUAUGAAAAAUGAUUUAAAUAGUGACACAAACAGUAAGAGACUUUAAGGGAUUCAUUUACUUUAAUGUUGAUUUUAUUGCAGGGUGAAUUGGAAUCGGGAGCUUUUUUAAAUCGAGCAAUAAAUACAUAUUUUAUGAGAGAUAAAUUGGAAAUGUAAGCUACAGUGAUCAGAGUUAAAACUAUUUUAUGACUCAGUAAUAAAUAUGUCAGUGAUGCAACUUGAUUAAAGGGUUAAUAAACAAUGUGGUGCUUUUUAUUGAUCUACCUCUUCUACGGAACUGCUUCUCUCAAAGUCGAGGAUUUAACGGCAGGACCGAGCACUCCAUUGAAAUUUUCUGUGGAAAGUCCUGAUUUCGCUGGUCCCAUUAAAAAUGUGACAGUUGCAAUUGGAAGAGAAGCAGUCCUCAGUUGUUCCGUAACAGAUUUGGGCCAUUAUAAGGUGGGUUGGAUGAAAGCUGACGAUCAGACGAUUCUCAGUUUGCACACAAGAGUGAUCACGCACAACCCAAGAAUCAGCGUCACGCACGAUGACAGUCUACGUACGUGGCAGCUUAGGAUUCGCCAGCUAAAGGAAUCAGAUCGUGGCUGUUACAUGUGCCAGAUAAAUACAGGAGAGAUGAAAAAGCAGUUAGGAUGCGUUGAUGUGCAAGUUCCACCGGACAUUGAUGACAGCGGAACCAGCAGCGACGUCACAGUGGAGGAAGGUGAUAACGUCACUCUCAGCUGCAGCGCGAGCGGACAUCCUGAGCCACGUAUUUUGUGGAGACGAGAAGAUGGAGAUCACAUUAUGCUUCAAGACAACCCACAGGAUAUCAAAAAAGUGGAUACGUACAGUGGACCUUCUUUACGACUAGUAAGAAUUGAUCGUAAGCAAAUGGGGUCUUAUUUAUGCAUCGCCAGUAACGAUGUUCCACCUGCUGUCAGCAAAAGGGUCACACUUUCAGUGAACUUUGCUCCUAAGGUGCAAGUUCAGAAAGCUUUAGUCGGAGCCCCACUCCUUUCUAAUGUAAAGCUCAAGUGCGACGUCGAAGCUUUUCCCAACUCGAACAACUACUGGGUUAAAGAACACGAUGAAGUCCUGCUCAACGGAUUCAAGUACACCACACAGGAGAAGAAGUCCGGCUACAAGGUUAUAAUGGUUCUGACUAUACACAACGUUAGCAAGACUGAUAUUGGAACGUAUUCCUGUGUUGCAUCGAAUACUAUGGGGAAGAGUGAAGCGUCCGUGAGGAUAUAUGAAAUAAAACUGACAACGACGUCGACGACGACUACGACGACGCCGAGUCCGCCAGCUACGACGACUACAGAAACUAAUUUAAUUUUAGAAAUAACGAGCAACGUGCGCAGCACCACCACGUUACUUGUGGAUACCGGCUUUGGUGGUGUGAGAGCUCCCGAGGAGGACCCAUCCGAGAAUUGGCUAUUUCCCAGCGUCGCUCCGGCCCCUUUGGAGUUAGAAACCCACUCCAGUGCAGGAAAUACACUUAUAUUUCAUUCUCAUGUCGUAGUGUUGACAGUGCUACUUAUCCUCAGGUGACACGUAAUUUGUUACGGAUCCUCGUAAAAAUACAGUGCGACGUUGCAGUGUUGGUACCCUUAUUUGGGUUGUGAAAUCCAUAUCAAGAUGCAGAAAAGGAUACCUAAACAUACUUGCAAUGGAUUCAACUGUGCUGUCAUUGAUUAAACUGUGCCCAAAACCUAAUCGAUUGGCAGGGAUUUAUAAUUAUUUUGUUAAAUAAAUUAUUAUUUUUUCAGUACUUGUUUGUAUUAUUAAAGCGAAUAGACUAUAUGUUACUGAAAAAUUGUAAUAAUGCAAUAUAGUUACACAUAUAUUUUGAGUACAACCAAUAUUUCCUAGGAAUUUAAUUUUUUAAUUGAAACAUUCCUCUCGGUUCUGACUUUUUCGCAAAUCAAAGGCAACUCUAUGUAUAGUACUUGUCUAGUCUAAUCAUCCUUUAACAACUGAAAUGUUUCUAGCCAACAUUUCCUCCAAGACCCUCUAGUUAUAUCUAAUAAUAUUUGGAAAGACUGUUCCCAUGAAAUGUAAAUAAAAGUUACCAUUGUAUUAAGCACCUAUGUAACUCCGAAUUAUGUGUAAGAGUGUGAAACCUAGACCAUAAAUGUUGUAUAAAUGAAUGUACAUAUCCUGCUGCUUAGCAGUAAACCUGUUACUCGAAUGCAAUAAAUGACUUUAUUACGA